AUGGACUUCGAUCUUGUCGUCAAGAACGGCAGAGUAGUGACCGCAUCCGACAUCGGCACCUACGACAUCGGGAUCAAGGAUGGGAAGGUCCACAUGCUAGGACCCAACCUCCCAACGGAAAAUGCGAAGCGCGUGAUUGAUGCCGAGGGCGCCUACGUGACGCCAGGUGGUGUCGAUGCGCACGUUCAUCUCGCCGAGCCCGCCAUGUACGGAAAGGGUGGUACAGCGGAUGAUUACGAAACUGGAUCCCGAUCCGCUGUGUGUGGUGGUACGACAACCAUCGUCACCUUCGCUCCACAGCGCAAGACGGAUGAUUCGAUCCUUGAUGUCGUGGCUCGUACGCAUGAUCGCGCAACGGGACAGGCGUACUGUGAUUACUCCUUCCACUGCAUCAUCUCGAACCCCUCUAAGAAAGUACUGGGUGAGUUUGAGACGCUGAAGGAGCAGGGUAUCACGAGUCUGAAGUUGUAUAUGACAUACGCUUCACUUCAACUCAGGGAUAAUGAGAUCCUCGAUAUCCUGCUCGCUGCUCGUCGGACUGGGAUCACCACCAUGAUUCAUGCGGAGAACGGUGACAUGAUCGCCUGGUUAACCGACAAGCUUGAGGAGCACGGACACUUUGAUCCCGAAUACCACGCCACAUCUCGUCCGCAGCUGAUGGAGGCAGAAGCAACCAACCGUGCCAUCGCGAUGGCAGAAAUGAUGGAUACCCCGAUCUUGAUCGUGCACGUCUCCUCACCGUCUGCUGCGGCGCAUAUUCGGAAAGCCCAAACCGCGGGUCUUCCUAUCUACGCGGAGACCUGUCCGCAAUAUCUUUUCUUGACCCGUGCAGACCUGCAGAAAGACGGCUUCGAGGGCGCGAAAUGCGUCUGCUCCCCCCCUCCCCGCGACGGCGCCGAAGACCACGAAGGAAUCUGGCGUGGACUCGCAAACGGAACCUUUACCAUUCUCUCCUCGGACCACUGUCCAUUCCGCUACGAGGAUCCAUACGGUAAGAAAGUCGUUGUGAGCGAGGAGUUCCCGAAGGGGAAAUUCAAGUAUAUCCCGAACGGAUGUCCUGGUGUCGAGACGAGGUUGGGGAUGGUUAUGAGUGCGAUUGAGAAGGAGGAGAAGAUGACGGUGCAGAAGUUUGUGGAGGUGACGUGUACUAACCCUGCGAAACUCUAUGGGUUGUACCCUCGAAAGGGUGCGCUCCUUCCUGGUCUGUCUGAUGCGGAUAUCACCAUCUGGUAUCCUGAGGGCAAGUUAAAGCCGUAUGCGCUCAAGAAUGAGAUGUUGCAUCACGAUGUGGAUUACACACCUUUCGAGGGCCGCGAAGUCCGCAAUUGGCCUCGUUAUACGAUUUUGAGGGGUGAGGUUGUGUGGGACAAGGAUGGGGAGGGACUCGUAGGGAAGAAGGGGUACGGGGAGUUUGUGAAGAGGGGGAUUAGUACUUUGGCGGGGCCGAAGAGCAAGGAGGAGUGGAGGCCGGAUAUCUACUGA